CAACCGGUUAGCAUUAUUCGCGUUUGCACGAUCGAGUAAUAACGAGCAGCUGUGUCGCUAUAUUCGGUGUUAAUUCGAUAUCGCAAGUUAAUAGUUCGUAUUAACUCUUUUCGUAUUCGUAUUCGUCGAUAAUUAUCCGAUCAAAAUGGCAAACGGUCUUUCUUAUUUCGUGAUUUCGCUUUUCGUAAUUUCCUACGGCGUUUCGUCGGCCCCUACCGAAUCGGUCGUUUCGUCAAAUAUCGAUAAAUCUGCAGCACCAGUCGCGUCAACGUUGAACGAAAGUAGCAAAGUACCAACUCAUGAGAAACCAACUGUCGACGCGAAAUCUGCCUCAUCACCGGAAGAAACGGAUAAAUCCAGAACUCAUUCGCCUUACAAACAUUUGCUCGGGAAUUUGCAACAGUAUAUGGCCAGUUUGCAAUCGGUUAAUAUAUUGGCUCCAGCGGCGUCCGGUUAUUCUUUCCCAUCGUACGGAUCCGGUUACUCGAGUAAAUUCAUACCUUCCUACGGAUCUUACGGCGCUUCUUCGUACGUUCAAUCGGCUCCAGUGAUAUCUGCUCCGGUAUCUCAUUCGCUUCCAGUCAUUCAGGCAGCGCCAGUAGCUCCAGUCAUUCAAGCAGCUCCAGUAGCUGUCCAAUCGGUUGGUCAUGCUCCGGUAGCUGUGUCUCAAACUACUGUCUCGAAACCGGUCGUAUCUUACAACCAGCACGUCGUCACUCAACCAGUCUACUCUGUAUCGCAAAAGGUUAUCCAUAAACCCAUCUAUACCGAGCUUUUGGAAGUCGUUCGUCGACCAGUUAUUGCCGAAGUUGCCGAAGUUAUCCAUAAACCAGUCGUUACCGAAUUGCAACAAGUCAUCAAGAAUCCGUUGUACACUCAGCAUAUCAUCAAAACACCAUCGUACGGUUCGGUCAAACAAGAGAUUUACCAAGCUCCUCUGCAAUUACAAGGAGGUACCGUUCAUGUAGCCGAUAAACCAGUCAGCCAAGUUAUUCAAUUACCUCAACAAGUCGUUCAACCUGUAGCCGCUCAUGUUGUGCAGACUCCAGUCGUUCAUCAACAACUUGCCACAACGACCUCUUACCAUGUACCAGCCAAGCCUGUUGUUGCGAGUGGAAUCUCCUAUGGUAGUUACCCAUCAUCGAUUGGAUUUGGAUCUGGUUAUGGAUCUGGUUAUGGAUCCGGUUACGGAUUCGGUUCCGGUUAUGGAAUAGGCUCCGGCUAUCCAUUAGGCAGCUACGGAUUAGGAUCUGGUUAUGGAAUUGGCUCCGGUUAUGGAAUUGGCUCCAGUUAUGGAAUUGGCUCCGGUUAUGGAAUUGGCUCCAGCUAUCCAUUAGGCAGCUACCCAUUAGGAUCUGGUUAUGGAAUUGGUUCCAGCUACGGAUUCGGCGGAUCAUACGGUAGUGAAUCUGCUUCCCAAUCCUACCUGACUCCAUCAUACAAUUGCAGAGCCACUGGUACUUGCCCCAGAGACGCUGAAUCAGACAAAGAAUCCACCAACUCUCAAGCCGCUCCAUCUGCCUUACCUUACUCCUGGACAUCGCCAAUGAUGCAAUCCGCCUACACCAAUCAGCAAAUACCCACCAACGUAUUCAAUGCUGAGGCAACCUACGUCGGUCAACCGAUCUUCAGUGGUCUUAGUGACCAGCCAAUCAAUCGCCAACAAGAAACCGAAUCGUCGGGUCAAGAAAUGACCGGAAAAUCCAGCGAAAGUGAUAAAACUUCCGUCACGUCGAUGCGUAUUGCUGAAUUAAUCAAAAACGACGAAAUCGCUUUCAACCAAUUCCAACAACUCGUCAAAGAUGUCAAAUCCAGACACCCCGAAGCAAAAAGCAGCGAGUUCGAUGUUAACAAAUCUCUCCAACAUAUCAAGGAAUUAGCGGAAAAAGACCCUGCUAAAUGGGCUGAUAUCUACAGCCAAGUUCUCGAACCGAAAAUGCAGUCGGAAAAAUCGACGAUGAUGAAAGAUCUAGUUAACAAACCCACCAAUGGAAAGUCAAUGUAAUCUAAUUCGUCUUGGUUAUGAAUUUUUUUUACCAUGAUUUAAACAUUGAAAAAGGGUGAGUUUUGUUUCCGAUUUGUCAAUGAUGUUUUUCAAUUGUGAUUUUUGAUAAUAAAUUGUUUUCAUUUUUUCAUCAAA